AGUCUGGACUGCCCGUCUGGUCAGACAGUCUGUAAGCCGGGAAGGGAAUAGGAGGGGCGACGGGCAAGUAUUGGGGAUGCCACAGGAAUGAUCCAUUAACCCGCAUAGCCCACAUCCGUAUUUAUGGAUUAACUCCUCAUACAGUGGCGCUUAAGGCAGUGUAGUCAAUCAUAUUUGUUGUUUCCCUCCUCACUGAAGUCACCUAAAUGUUCCUGUUCUUUUCACUCUACACGCGGAGCACAUGCUGAAGGAUCAGAGAUGUUCUGAAUGAAAGGUGGAUCUGGCAGCUUUUCAAUAACAAUGCUGGAGAACUUGAGUGGAGAUCACAUUGAUCGACCUGCCCUGAGAUCAUCCACAUUCAGCUUCUUUGACCUGUUCACUCUGCCACAUUACCUUCACAUGGAUGGGAGCAGUCAUCCGUUCAGGAGGACUCUGUACCGGUUGAAGUUAGUGAGUUCUCCAAAUCUGAGUCAACUGGGGAAAAAUGAAAAGGCUUCAUUGGAAGAGAGAGGAUCGGGCCCUAAUGCCAUAUGGAACAGCAUUCACAACGCAGUUAUUGCUGUCUUCCAAAAGAAAGGGUUGGCGGACAACGAACUCUUUACACUUAAUGAAGGUGUAAGGCAACUAUUGAAAACAGAGCUGGGCUCAUUUUUCACAGAAUACCUUCAGAAUCAGCUGUUGACUAAAGGCAUGGUUAUUUUACGGGACAAAAUAAGGUUUUAUGAAGGUCAAAAAUUAUUGGACUCUUUGGCCGAGACUUGGGACUUCUUCUUUUGUGAUGUUCUUACUAUGCUUCAAGCCAUCUUUCACCCUGUCCAGGGGAAGGAGCCGUCAGUGCGUCAGCUUGCUCUGCUGCACUUUCGAAACACCAUUACCCUUAACGUGAAGCUGGAAGAGGCUCUGUCCAGACCACGAGCCCGUGUCCCCCCCUCCAUUGUCCAGAUGCUGUUGGUGUUACAGGGGGUUCAUGAAUCUAAAGGUGUGAGUGAAGAAUACCUGAAGUUGGAGUCUCUCAUUCAGAAGGUUGUGUCACCAUACCUGGGCACACUUGGAUUGCGAUCUCAUGAGUGCGGUGCUUCACUGUGCUCCUGUGUUACUGAGAGGCGUUUGCAGUAUUGCUGGUCCAAGUCUGCAGACCUGCCCUCCAGUAACCCGGUAGUACGCUCUAAAAGUUACAACAUCCCCAUGCUGACUCCUGUAGCUGAGUAUGACUCUGAGGUCAGCUCUGUGGGCAGUGUAGGCAUCCGCCGUCACUCUGCUUGUGAUGUCACUUCCUGCUUAGAGCAGCAGAGCUAUUCCGCCCUGUCUGUUGGAAUAGAGACAAGCCCAACACCCCGACUCUCCCUCGAUCAUGACAUCACCUUGUCUGGUGUGAUGCGAGGGGCCACAGGACAGCCCCCUCUCAUUUCACCUUCCAUCUUCAUCCACACCUCUGCGGGGUGUCUUCAUUCGGCGAACCCCCAGAUUGCUUCAUCUGAUGUGGAUAAGGCCGUUUCCACGCCUCCUAGCUGCUCGUCCAGUCCAGAGACAAUUGUGAUGCAGGGUUUGGACUCCCUGGAAUCCGAUCCCAACGGAAUAUUCAUUGACUUUUCUCAUUGUCGCUCUGAUUCGUUUGGAACCAGCAGGAAAACUAGCUGAUGUAUCAACUGCUGUGAAGAAGUCCAUUUCAGUUAAAAGAAUUCAAAACACAGCACUUUAAGUGAUGAUAAUGAGCUACCACUGUUUUCCACUAUUAUCUGUGAACUUGUGAAGUAGCUACCAGUAGUAAGUCAUGUAUUUUUAAAACUGGAAUUUCAUUUGAGCUUUGCUUAAAGCCCAGGGCUCUUUUAUGGACAUAGAACAAAUGGGACAGGACUCGACUUGAAGAUAUUGGGAUUGUUUUCAUAUGUUCCAAACCUGUGGAUGUAUUUUUGAAUUUUUCUACAUAGUUUUUCAUAGGAAAUUGUGAAAAUAGACAUGGUCUCCCUUUUAUUUAAUACACAUUUGUACCAUCUCUCAUUUUAUGUUUAGGUGAGCGAUAAUGUGUUAUGAGAUGACAGUAGCACUUAAUGUAAGAAACACCUGUAGAAAUCUGUUUUAUUAUUGUCACUCAUAAUCUCAUGCACUUUUAUUGUCAUAGGGCUUUAAAAAUGAGUUACAUUUAGUGCUUUCUAAAACAUUGCCAACUUAACCUGCACUCCUCAUGGUAUGAAAUGAAAAUAUGACUUGGUCUAUUAAUUUGUGACAAUUAGCUAUUGCUAAUGACAAAAUUUUUAGUGCAGAACAUUGUACAUCCUGAACAUGCUAUGUUUGUUUGUGCAGCUUGUUUCUUUUUGAAUGUGAUAGAAAUGAGCUGCCAGAGAGUUAACAGUGUUUGCUAAUUGAAGCUAAGUAUGUAAUGAAAUAUACCCAUAUUUAGUGACUGUAGUUGGAAAAAUAGUAUAGAUACAGAAAGAGGA